AUGUCGUUUCUACAAUUAAUGAAUAAUGAUUGUUGUUUAUUAACUAAUAUUGAUUUAAAUUCACAACGAGUUCGUCAACUAUUUGAACGUCGUUUCAAAAGUAAUUCCAGUGUUACAAGUUUUGAUUUUAAAUCAUUUCAUCCAGAACAACCAUCAAACAAUGCAAAAGUAUCACGCUCGUUAUUACGUUUUCAGCCGAAAAUACAAUUGUCAAACGAUUAUGAAGAUCAUAUUUCUACUGGUUCAUCUUCAUCAGAGGAAGACAGUCAUGAUGAUGAUGGUGAACUGUCAAACAACGAUUAUGAUGAUUAUCUAAAUAAACUUGCAGAAUGGGAACCAGAAAAUUUUCAAGUUGUAGCAGAAAGUGAUGAUGAUAAUGAUGAUGAUGAUGAUGAUGAUGAAUCCAAUAUAUUUCAAUCUAUUAGUAACAACAAUCAUGAUCAAGAUAAUGAGAUAAAUGAAAUGGACUGUUCAAUAGCUGAAGAUGUUCCUUCGACAUCAACAGAAGAUCUAUUGAUCACAUUCAUUCAUCGACCUAUCAAAAAUGAACCAAUACCUUAUGAUGAUAAUAAUAUUUUCGAACAUUCACCACAAUUAGACGGUCAAAUAGAUUUCGCAACUCCGAAAAUGCCUACUGAACCAGAUCAACAUAAGAAUGAAAAAGAUUUAAAAAGUAUUAUAGAUAAAAUAAAGGCCAAGACUGCUAUGCCAAGUCGAGUAAUUCAAAUACAUAGAAUUCCAUCAUCACCAAAUCAAAAUCGUUCAAAUGAUGAAGUAAAAAAGAAAACUACGAAUGCAACUCAAAAAAAACCUAUCUCCACAAAUCCAAAAGUCGAUCGAACAAAAGAACCAUCUAUUCGACAAUCAAAAUCAACUAAAAAAAUGACACCACGAUUAUUGAAUAAUUUAUUAAAAGUCAACGAAGAUGUUAUUCGAGAAGCUGAUACACGAAAACCAUCAAAUAUUCAAAAGUCUUCUGAAAAAUUGCCAUCAUCAAAUAGUAAUCCACAAUCAAAACGGCCAGAUCAACGAACACAUUUAAGAGCUGUAUCAAAUGAAGAGCGACAAGGAACGAAAUCAUCUUCCAAUACUAAACAAAAAUAUAUUCUACAAACUCGACAAUCUAAAGAAAAACCAGCAUCAGUUCAUCUUGCAAUGGCGGAAAAAAAACUAAAUAAUUAUCAACAAAGUCAACAAUUAAAACCUCCACUUCCAAAAAUUUCUAAGUCAAAUAGUACUCCUAUUCCAUCUAGUAAAAACUUAAAAUCGAAAGAUCCGAGGAAAAUCUCAUCUAAAUCUUUGGAUUUAUCAACUCGAAACUCUGAAGCAUCAGUGAGAUCGCAAGCCCUAAAUGAUCAUAAUCAACAAAGAAAGAAAAAAACGAAGAAAGUAAAACGUUUAAAAACAACUGAAACAAAUUUAUUAUCGGCUAGCCAAACACAAACAAAGCCUCCGAUACAAAAACUAAAAACACAUAAUAAUGGUACAGUUAUUUUUAAAAAGUCGAUAUUAAUGAAACAAUUAUUUUGUCUUAUGUUAGAUUUGUUGGCUGUUCAAAAACCAUCAUUAAUGAAUCAUCUAUCCGAACCAUCCAUUAGUGCAAUGAGUUCGAAUAGUAGUAUUAAGACACGACCAGAAGAUUUCUUCAGUGGAUGUAUUGUAAUCGACGAUGAUGAUCAAGAAGAAGAAUGCAACAAUGAAAACAAUAACGAUAACGAUGAUGUGCAAGAAAUUCAACGACAACACUAUUCGAUUUCAUACGAUAUUCGUACUCGUGAGAAGCUUCUUGAUCAUGCAGUUCAUUCGUCUUCGAUGCACAUCAAAUGGUUAUUCAAUCUUGAACAUGUUCUUCUCGAACAUAUUCAUAUAUGUCACGAAAAGCAUAUUCGUCCAUUAAAUAACACAUAUGAAAAUUCGACAUGUGAAUAUCAAGUUAAUUCAUCUUACUAUUCAAUUGAUCCAUCAUUUGUUUCAGUAAUAAUUAUAAAUUUUAUAAAAAUGUUUAUUUUACGAAAUUCUGCCAAUGAUCAACAAGAAUUAUCAUUUGUACAAUUUGGUAUAACAUCACAUUUACGUUAUUUAUUAAUUGAAUUACCAACAUACAAUCAUCAUAACGAUGAAAAAGAUUUAAAUGAUAAUUGUUUUAAAUGUCAUCAAUAUUCUUUAAUAAUAAAUAUCUUAUUUGAUUUAUUAUUUGAUUUAAUUGAACACGAUUUAUGUGAAAUACCUUCAAAAACAAAUUAUCGUUCAUCAUUAAUUGAAGAUGAUUAUUUUACAAGAUUCUUACAAUCAAAUAUAACUAAAAAUCAACCGUAUUAUCGUAUUAAGUUGAUAGUCUAUUUUAUUGAAUUAAUUGGGAUACAUAUGAAUAAAUGUCAAAAUAAAAAACAAUUUCAAUUCAAUCAAAAUGAAGAUAAAUUAUUUCAUUCUAUGGAAGAUUUUAUCCAAAAUAUUAUUUCUCAAACCAAUAAUUCAAUUAAUGAAAGAAUUUCAAUAUGUUUUAAUAUUAUGGAAUUGUGUCUUUUAUUUGUCCAUGACAACGAUAUUCGAAUGAAACAAAUGGCUUUAUUUUUAGCUGAAUUAUGUUUUGAUAAUUCGCAUCUUUUACAUUUAUUUCUAUUUGAUAAGAAUUUACUCGUUGACAUUCGUUUAUUAUUAUUCAACGAAGUCUGUUUCAGAAGAUUCAAUUUGAAACUUAUAACAAUUAAUAAUAUCAUUGAUUUAUUUCGACGAGUUGAAGAAACUUCCAAUUCAAAAGAUCCGAUCGAUGAAUUCGUCUUAUUACUAAUAAGAGGUUUGUUCACUUCUUAUGCCGAUCUAAUUACUGAAAUCAAACAGCUACCAUUCAUGUAUUCGAGUUCUGUUCAACAGAUAACCAACUUGUUAGGAAAUCAACUUGGCCCAGUAUUUACAAAAUUAAGAGAAGUUACUUCGAAUAAUUCAAACUAUUUCGAAAAAAUCAAAGGAACAUUAAUAUUCUAUCGUCUUCUUGAAUGCAGAUGGAAUAAAUUGUGA